GCCACGCUUUAUCCUGCUUGACUGUCCCGCUCACUCAGACCUCACAGGAAACUCCCAACCAACUCCCCCCCCCUCUGCCCUCACACUCACUCACCCGUUGCUCACCAACACUCCUUCGCUCUCGCACACAGUCCCACCGGCUGCUCUGAGUCCAACCAGAGAGGAUGGCUGCGUCCAUGUGGAGAAUGAAUUGGCUCUGGAGGAGGAUGGCGGGAGUCCUGGUGCUCUGCGCUCUGUUGCUCAGCAAUGAGGUGAUAUGUCAAGAUGACUCAACAGCAGCACCCGAGGUCGCGACUGCCAGUCUCACCGCCGGCGCCAACGCUGCGACCGAUGCUGCUGCUCCAGAUGCUGCCACUCCCGAUGCUGCCGCUCCAGAUGCUGCCGCUCCAGCUGCUGCCGCUCCAGAUGCUGCCACUCCAGGUGCUGCCGCUCCAGAUGCCUCCGCUGCCCCGACUGCGGCUGACUCUGCGACCGCAGGAGGUCAAGACCCUGCAGCCUCUGUGGUUCCCGGAGAUAACCCAUUCCCAGCAACUAUUGUAACUGUUGCACUUUUUCCAGACAAGAUGGACGGGGGCAACUCAGGGACGAUCGUGGCCCCCUCCGACAGCAACAAUGGGAUAGAUGAUGUCUCAAGUGUCGUUAAGUUGGUGUCGCCGGGCGUGAAGUGUGUUGGAAAAGACGACAUCCCAGAGAGCAACGCCGUCAAGGUCGUGGUAUUGACGGAAAAUUGCGAGGUAUCCAAAGGUAUUAUUCAGGCGAACCCUGCGGUCUGGUGCAACGCCAUAAACUGCACACUAGAAAUCUUCCAAGACGGCAACAACAUGCUGGUGACCAGUGAGGAUGCUAAGAUGGGAACUUUGGCUGAAGCGCUCCAGAGUGAACAUUUGAAAGACAAGCUGGGUGUGAAAAGCACCGAGAUCCCAUCAUCGUCAGGUUCCUCCGUAUUCAUCGGGAUUCUGGUCACUGGUCUGCUCGCUGCCAUCGCGAUCACUGUCGGUUACUUGAAAUGCCAACGCAGGGCCGACCCCAAGGGAGUGAGGCUGGCGGAGGAGGCCUAUCCCGUGGAUCAGGAGAACCAGGGGAACACCCUUGUGUCUGUGGCCCCCCUCAACCCCCCUCCAGAAACUCAGGAGAAACCCAGCGAGAACGGAGAGUCCCCCGAGGCCCCCAAGACCGAGCCCGCUCCUCCUCCCACCAACGGCCACUCCACCGCCAAGACGGCAGACACCGAGCUGUGAAGUAGACGACCGACGAAUGGCAGCCCAGGAACUCCCCCCCCCCUCAACAAACACAACCCCCGUCCACACACGCCUCUGAAAACCUCCUUUUCUCUGGAGGACAGCAGUUCAGGGUUGUGUAGUUAAGCGUUAAUCAACACUGGCUCCCACGACGACUGCAACCUCUGGAGUCACAUUCACGUGCUGUCAACACCCAGCAGGGUCUCGUGCUCGUCGUCAGCUUCCAAGCUUCAACAAAAACCCUCGAUUAGGAAAAACAGAAUGAGCUCACAAAUGAAAUUGUUCCUUGGUUUAUUGAAAAGCCUCGACAGACGGACAGAUUGACAGGAAACAAACCACGGUGCCUUGAAAUGUGUUCACAAGCUUCUCAGAGAGAAACCCCAUCGGGCUCUCGUCUUGUUCGUCUGAUUGAGUUAUUGAUGUGUGCGAAUGUGUGCGUGUGGCAAAUCCUGCACGUGUGUGGGUCAACAUGUACUUGCAUCUGUACUGUAAAUAUCUAAACAUGCAUCUACACAGCUUUUCUUUUCUGCUCACUGUAUGUACUGUAUGCAUGAUUGAUGUGAAGCAACGGGUUUGAAUGUGCAUGUGACAUUAGCAAUUCAAAUGUGUACAAUUUUGUAAAAUAAGUGGAGUGACGGCUCACCGAGUUUUAAGGAAUUCACCAAUCUGCUACUGCAAAGUGAAGCGAGUUCACAAAGUUAACGCGAAGCUCAUCCAUUGUCAGUGUUAUUCUCUUUUUCAAUAUCCUGUAUAAGCUCUUUUUACUCCCAGUAUUCUCUUGAUCAGUGUGUAUAGUAUGGUGACUCUGUCUGGUUUGUAUUCUGUGUACUUUUCAUUAUCAUGUGCCCAAAGAAUUUCAUGUCAUAGCUUGUGUUGUACUAUAACAUUGGACUCUGUGGCACCUUUACAAUGUUUGAUCCGGGUCAUACGCAGAGAUGCUCAGGUUCUACGACGGCGAGAAAGAAGCAUCUUGUGGCUGAAGUCUGCUUGUUUUUCUUUCCUCUGGCUUAUAAACUGAGACAAACCAGGGAGGAAAGCACAAAAGGAAAAAUGUCAUUUUUGCUUUUCAUUGCUAACAUUCCAGUGUGAUUAUUUCAUUCUUCUUCGCACCCUGCGGUUUCAAUUUGAUUUAACAUGAAAAAAAAUAAAGAAAAGUAAAAAGUAAA